AUGGAUACAGAUAACACAAUUUCAAGUAAGUAUGAAGUUGACCAUCAAGCAAUUCAACGUCAAAUGUGUGCUAAAGAAAGAGAAAAAAGGAAGUAUGUUCUUCAACAAAAGAGAAACAACAAAGGUUGUCAUCCUGCAUCAACAUCUGAUUCUGUUGAAAGGAUUCCAUUUUCAAAUACUUCAAGUGUUUCAACCACCAAUGUGGAGAGAAGGAAUGUGUAUCAUCUUGCUAUUUAUGCUACUCCAAAUAUUAGUAGUAAUUUGUUUCACUCAUCUACACAAGUAAAAGAUAACACAAUUUCAAGUAAGUAUGAAGUUGACCUUCAAGCAAUUCAACGUCAAAUGUGUGCUGAAGAAAGAGAAAAAAGGAAGUAUGUUCUUCAACAAAAGAGAAACAACAGAGGUUGUCAUCCUGCAUCAACAUCUGAUUCUGUUGAAAGGAUUCCAUUUUCAAAUACUUCAAGUGGUUCAACCAACAAUGUCGAAAGAAGGAAUGUCCAUCACACUCCUUUUGGAAGUAGUAAGCAAAUAUCCAAUUUUGUUGAGAGGACUCCGUUAUCAGAUAUUACAAAUUGUGGAAUAUCUAAAAUUGAAUUACAAAUGAGUGAUGAGAUGUUACCAGAUUCUGUGGUUAAGAAGAUUCAUGGAAUUUCUAAAGAUCGCAUGGAAAAGUUGAAGGCAAAAAGAGCUGCAAAAGAACACAUGGAAAUGAAGCCUGAAAGUGUUGCUGAGGAGAAUGAUGAGACUGAGCUGGUGAGUGAAGAAAAGAUGUCUGAGGCUGAGAAGGUGAAAGAAGAAGAAAAGGUGGUUGAAGUUGUGAAGACAAUCGAGAUUGAGAAGAUUGUUGAAUCUGUAGAUUAUAUUGAUCAUGGAGAUGCCAUAUUUGUGUGUUGUAAAUGUGAUGCAAUGUUAUGGGAAGAUGAAAUGCUUAGGGGAAAUAAAAAACGUAACAAAACAUCCUAUUCUCUUUGUUGUUCAAAUGGAGAUGUUGAGCUACCACGACCGCCUACACCUCUUCCAUUACUACGUCAUUUAUAUAAAAGUCCUACCUCACAGUCUUGCAAUUUCAUGGAUAAUAUUCGAGCAUAUAACAUGAUGUUUUCCUUCACAUCUCUUGGUGGGAAGGUUGACAAAAGUUAUCAGAGAGGUAAACGUCCUUAUGUAUUUAGACUACAAGGUCAGAAUUAUCAUCGAAUGGGUAGUCUACUUCCGGACGAUGGGGAAGAACCUAAAUUCUCCCAGCUUUACAUAUAUGAUUCACAAAACGAAGUUGUAAAUCGUCAGAAAGCAGUAAGUUCUCACAUAGAAUGCAAAACUACAAGAAACAACCAGCUUGAUAGUACAACCAUAGAGGGUCUUAAAGAUAUGUUGGAUUCUUGCAAUCCUCUUGUCCAAUCCUUCAGAAUGGUAAGAGAUUGUUUUCAAGAAAAUGAGUUUCAAGAUGUAAGCUUGAAGCUUAUUGGAACAAGAGAUAAGGAUGGAAGAGUUCACAAUUUGCCAACAGCAUCAGAAAUUGCUGCUUUAAUACAUGGUGAUUUUGAUGGAGCAUUUGAUAAACGGGACAUUGUUGUUAGAAAGAAGUCUGGUGGUCUUCAAAGAAUUAAUGAGCUUCAUCCCUCUUACCUUGCUUUGCAAUAUCCACUUAUUUUCCGAUAUGCGGAAGAUGGUUAUAGAGUUGGUAUUAAACAUAGAGGGAUUGCGAUUGAUGAUGAGCAGUUUUUGGUUGAUGGAUACACGAUGAUAGAAUCUGCCAGGUUGAAUUAUAUAAGGACACAACAACCUAAACUUAGAGUGCAAAAUCUUAAGAAUUUGAAUGCUACUAUUGAAAGUGGAGAGAAUAAUGCCUCAAGUUGUGGUAAAACUAUACUUUUACCUUCAUCAUUUACUGGUGGUUCUAGAUAUAUGAUGCAAAAGUACUUGGAUGCUAUGGCAAUUUGCAAGUCUGUUGGAUAUCCCGAUUUAUUCAUAACGGUGACUUGUAAUCCAAACUGGCCUGAGAUUUACAGGUGUUUGCAUGAUAAAGCUCUUAAUGCUGAAGACAGACCGGAUAUUAUCUCUAGAAUAUUCAAGUGUAAAUUGGAUCAUCUUAUAAAAGAUUUCAAGAAACAUAAAUUCUUUGGUGAUAUACAAGCAGCCUACUGUUCAAAAAUCUCAGUUAUGUAUACAGUGGAAUUUCAGAAGCGUGGACUCCCACAUGCUCACAUAUGUUUGUUCUUGGGUGCUGAAAGCAAAUUUCCAAAUGCAUCUGAUAUUGAUCGUGUUAUUACUGCUGAGAUACCAGAUAAAGAAAGAGAUCCUGGAUUAUAUGAGCUUGUCAAGCAAUUUAUGAUUCAUGGACCAUGUGGUACAGACAACCCACUUGGUCCAUGUAUGGUUCAGCAAAAAUGUUCUAAAAAGUUUCCCAAAAAAUAUGUAGAUGAGACUUGUGUUGAUUCUAAAGGAUAUCCUGUCUAUCGUCACCGUCAAACAAGUAAUAUGGUAGUAAAGAAUGGUGUGACACUUGAUAAUAUAUUUGUAGUUCCUUACAAAGCUCUCCUGCUCAGAAAGUAUCAGUGCCACAUUAACGUUGAAUGGUGCAACCAGUCAGGUUCUAUCAAAUAUUCGUUUAAAUAUAUUAAUAAGGGGCCUGAUAGAGUCACUGCUUCUGUUUUUCAAGCCAAUAGCACCAACAAUAAUACGGAACAGAAUGUAGCUGUAGAUGAGAUAAAAGCAUACCUUGAUUGUAGAUAUAUCUCUGCUUGUGAAGCUGCUUGGAGAAUAUUCAUGUAUGAUAUACAUUAUAGAUAUCUAGCUGUUGAAGUAUUACCUUUUCAUUGUGAAGAUGGUCAGAGUAUUGUGUAUAACGAUCAUGAUAAUUUGUGUGAUAUUGUUACUGAUCCAACUGUGAAAAUGACAAUAUUUACAGAGUGGCUGAAUUGUAAUAAAGUCGAUGAAUUUGCCAGGACAUUGAGGUAUGUUCAGUUUCCGGGAUAUUAUAUAUGGAAUGCUAAAAAUCGCAAAUGGAAUCGAAGAAAGCAUCCGUAUGGAUCAAUUGGGAGGGUACAUUAUGUCCCACUAUCACUUGGUGAUUGUUAUUACCUAAGGAUUUUGCUGAAUCAUAUUAAGGGACCAACCUGUUUUAAAGAUAUAAAAACAGUUGAUGGGCAAGUUUUUAAAACAUUUAAAGAUGCAUGUUUUGCACGGGGGCUGUUGGAUGAUGAUAAAGAAUAUGUUAAUGCUGUCAAAGAAGCUAGCACAUGGUCAACCGGAGAUUUCUUGAGGACCUUUUUUGUAAUGUUGUUGCUGUCAAAUUCGAUAUCUCGUCCUGGUGUUUUUUGGUCAGAAACGAAGUCCCUAUUAUGUGAAGACAUUCUGUAUCAGCAACGAAAGAUAACUGGUAUUGCAGAUUUGGAUCUUCAACAGGAAGAACUUGAAAAUAUCUGUCUAUCUGAAAUUGAAAAGUUGCUACUUACCAAUGGAAGUACAGUGAGAAAUUUUGAUGAUAUGCCAAGUGUUCCGGACAAUUAUGUUUCAUCAUCGAACAAUCGAUUGAUAAUGAAAGAAUUAUCCUAUGACAGACUAGCUCUUCAAAGGGAACAUGAUCGUUAUGUAAAGUGUUUAACUGCCGAACAGGAAAAGAUAUAUAAAAUUGUUAUGGAAGCGAUUGAAAAAGGUGAUGGAGGUGUGUUUUUUGUAUAUGGUUAUGGUGGAACUGGAAAGACGUUUCUUUGGAAGACAUUCUCAGCUGCAUUACGAUCAAAAGGUGAAGUUGUAUUGAAUGUUGCAUCCAGUGGAAUUGCUUCACUUUUGCUGGAUGGUGGUAGAACUGCUCAUUCAAGGUUUGUAAUUCCAAUCAACAUUAAUGAGAAUUCAAUAUGUUCGAUAGAGCCUAAUACUGAAUUAGGUGAUUUAAUUAAAAGAGCAACAUUGAUUAUUUGGGAUGAAGCACCUAUGACUUACAAGCAUUGUUUCGAGGCUCUUGAUAGAACAAUGAGAGACAUAUCACGUUCCAGUCAAUUGAACAUGCAAUCGAAGCCGUUUGGGGGAAAGGUCAUUCUAUUUGGUGGUGAUUUUAGACAAAUUCUUCCGGUUAUCCCUAAAGGUACCAGAACAAUGAUAGUCAAUACUUCUUUGAAUUCUUCUUAUAUAUGGCGGCACUGUAAAGUACUAAAGCUAACUGAGAAUAUGAGAUUAAGAGUUGGUUGUCAGGAAGCAGAUUUGAAAGAAAUAAAGGAAUUUGGAGAAUGGAUUUUAAAACUUGGUGAUGGUCUGCUUGGUGAAGAAAAUGAUGCGAUUCUUGCUCCAACUAAUGAAGUAGUGGAUUCAAUAAAUAAAGAGUUGUUAGAGAGUCUACCUGGUGAAGAAAAGGUUUAUUUUAGUUCAGAUAGUUUAUGCCAAUCGGAGGAAGAAUCAGAGCUUAAUAUGGCGUUGUUUCCUCCUGAUGUGUUAAACAAUCUUCGUUUAUCUGGUUUACCUAAUCAUAAAUUAGUACUGAAAGUUGGUGCUCCGGUGAUGUUACUCAGAAACAUUGAUCAAGCAAAUGGAUUGUGUAAUGGUACACGUUUACAAAUCACGAAGCUCGGAAAAGUUGUGAUUGAAGCAAAAAUUAUCACAUGGACUAAUAUAGGUCAUCAUACUUUGAUUUCAAGACUGAAGAUGACACCUUCAGAUUCACCAGUGAAGAUUUCUCGAAGACAAUUCCCACUUUCACUGUGUUUUGCUAUGACAAUAAAUAAAAGUCAAGGACAAUCAUUGGAGGGUGUUGGUUUAUAUCUUCCACGUCCAGUGUUUAGUCAUGGCCAGCUCUAUGUUGCUGUAUCUAGAGUAAAAAGUAGGAAGGGAUUGAAAAGUUUGAUUUGUGAUAAAGAGAAACGAGUCCGUACAACCACUACUAAUGUAGUUUACAAGGAAGUUUUACAAAAUCUAUGA